GCGCGCGCGAUCUUCACGGCGCACGCCUGAAGUUGGGCACGGGAGUCGCGGGCGGAAUUUCAGUACUCGGCAGCGCGCUCCUCUACAGGUUAGCGAGCGGCCCGUGUGUUGCAGAAAUUUAUUCCAACUGCAAAAUUUUUGCGAAAGUUUCAUUUCGAUAUUGAGGAGUGCGAGCAGUAAAAUCGGACGAGAGACACUUUGUGCGACCUGCAGUGAUGCUCGGAUGUGACUGACCCUUCUGCAGGCGGGGAGGGGGUUCGACCUUCGACCAUGGUGCGUCAGGGCACGACCAGUUUCGGCGGCGAACAGGUGUACGGCGGUGCCAGUGGCGGCGGCGCCGACUCCGAGUCGGACGUUCCCUUGUCCGACUUUGAAGAUGACGACGACGACGACGAUGAGGACGACGACGAGGAGGACCUGCCCUACCCGGGCUUCAUCCCGCUGGCCCUCGGCUGCCUCGACCAGCAGACCCGGCCCAGGAACUGGUGCCUCAGGAUGAUCACCAAUCCGUGGUUCGAGAGGGUCAGCAUGAUGAUCAUCCUCUUCAACUGCGUCACACUGGGCAUGUACAGGCCAUGCAUCGAUGACGACUGCACCACCAGCAGGUGCAAAAUUCUUCAAAUAUUCGACGAUUUCAUAUUCGCCUUUUUCGCCAUCGAAAUGACCAUAAAAAUGCUGGCCAUGGGUGUUUACGGCAAAGGGACGUACUUGGCUGACACGUGGAACAGACUCGACUUUUUCAUCGUUAUGGCCGGGGCGCUGGAAUAUUGCCUCAACGUGGAGAACAUGAACCUGUCAGCCAUUCGAACCAUUCGAGUGCUUCGUCCUUUGAGGGCCAUCAACCGUAUUCCAAGUAUGCGCAUUCUGGUGAUGUUGCUGCUCGAUACGCUGCCCAUGUUGGGCAACGUUUUGCUGUUGUGUUUCUUCGUCUUCUUCAUCUUCGGCAUCGUCGGCGUGCAACUGUGGGAAGGAAUUCUGCGGCAGCGAUGCUUCUUGAAACAGCUGCCCAACAUCAGCUACCCGCAGAGUCUACCAGAUUUUUACACAAUGAGGGUGAAAGUGACGCUGCCGCUGUCCUCGUACUACCGGUACCUGGAGCAAGACCGCGACUACAUCUGCUCCAAGCCCGAGGACAACGGGAUGCACCUGUGCUCCAACCUGCCGCCGUAUCGGCACAACGGCAUCGAGUGCAACGGCACGGCGCUGCCCUUCAGCAACAACUUCCCCACCAACUCCAACUGCGUCAACUGGAACCAGUACUACACCGAGUGCAAGAGCCAGGGCAACAACCCCUUCCAGGGCGCCAUCUCCUUUGACAAUAUUGGACUUGCAUGGGUCGCCAUUUUUCUUGUGAUUAGUUUAGAGGGUUGGACGGACAUAAUGUACUAUGUGCAGGACGCGCACUCAUUUUGGGACUGGAUUUACUUCGUCCUCCUAAUUGUGAUCGGCUCGUUCUUCAUGAUCAACCUGUGCCUAGUCGUGAUAGCGACGCAGUUUUCCGAGACGAAGAAGCGCGAGAUGGAGCGGAUGCGUCUGGAGCGGGCGCGAUUCCACUCGUCGUCGACGCUGGCCAGCACGCAGAACUCGGAGCCGACCACGUGCUACGCCGAGCUGGUGCGCUACACGGCGCACCUGUGGCGCAGGGCCAAGCGCCGCAUCAUCAACCGCUACCGGCUGUACCAGUGCCGCAAGCAGCAGCAACACCAGCAGCUGCCCAACGCCAUCCAGCACCCGCCCUUGUCCUUCCAGCCCUGCGCCAGACACGCCGAAUUCGUUUGCAGGCACGGAUUGAGUCGGAAGAGCCAGGCCGGCCCUGGUCCGCCGCCGCCACGCGUCCUGGAGCACGAGGAGGCGGGUCGGGGGCCGCCCGUGUGUCCCGUGGGGCCGCGGCCGCCUGACAACGAGCCGGAACUCAACUCGCCACCACCGAGUCACGCGCCCAGGGCCAGUCCUGAGGUGUCGGACAUCGACCCUGUGUCCAGUCCAAGGGUCAAACACGUCAGCAGCGGCGGCGGCGGCGGCCUCCUCAGGGUGCCUUCGUUCAACGGCGGCUGGGAAGGAGAGGGUGGAGGAAACGGCGGGGGCCUUUUGUCCCCUGGCAACGGAAGUGCGGCGUCGCGGAGGCGCAGCAGCGUCAUGUUCAGCGACGUGGUGAUGCUGCACGAUGACCAGGGCAGCACCAGCAGCGCCCCCGGGGUCACAAAGAACGUCUGCUCAAGCGAGAAAAUGACCCAGGCUGGCGACGGCAACAUCCACUCGUGGAGGGGCGGCAGGGGAUUCUCAGCGCAAAGUUCGUUUGACGCUGGAGGGCCGGCCUAUCAAUUAGACCUGCAUCGCCAGAGCACAAUAUCCGCGCCGGCCCCAAUGACUUGUCAAGAACUUUUGGCCCUCAGCGGCGCCCUCAGCGCCGCCCUGCCCACGCAACUCGCCCUCGACUCGCGCCACGUGCACUCGUUCUUCUCGUCCCUCAGCAAGGGCGACCGGAGACACGUGUCCGCCCCUGCCGAUCUCCAGACCGACCAGAUGGACUGGGACUCGGAGGUGGACGAGUGCGGCGAGUGCACGUCCGAGUGCGAGGCCGAGUGGUACGCCCACGAGCAGUCCUGCUGCUACCAACAGGCCCUGCGACCGCCGGCCAAGAAAAGCUGCUGCACUCGUUGCUUGGGCAGCGUCCGGCGAGUGAUCAAAGCCCUGGUCGAGCACAAGUACUUCCAGCAGGGCAUUCUGCUCGCCAUCCUCGUCAACACCCUCAGCAUGGGCAUCGAGUACCACAAUCAGCCCGAGGAACUGACAGUCAUCGUGGAGUACAGCAAUGUUGUGUUCUCGGGGAUUUUCGCCGUGGAAAUGCUGCUCAAAGUCACCGCAGAGGGGCCUUUUGCUUAUAUAAGUAAUGGAUUCAACGUCUUUGACGGCAUCAUUGUUGUUCUCAGCGUGGUGGAACUUUGCCAAACAUUCCUCGGCGAGCGCGACGGUGGCAGCUCAGGGCUGUCCGUCCUGCGAACCUUCCGCUUGCUGCGCAUCCUCAAACUGGUCAGGUUCAUGCCCAAUUUGCGCCGCCAACUGUUCGUCAUGCUGCGAACCAUGGACAACGUGGCCGUUUUCUUCGCACUUUUGAUUCUCUUCAUUUUCAUAUUCAGUAUUUUGGGAAUGUACUUAUUUGGCGGUAAGUUUUGCAUGUGGUAUGAUGGAACGAGGGAAUGCUCUUGUCAUGAAAUCGUCAAUCAUGAUCCAAAGUGUGUUUGUGACCGCAAACAUUUUAACAAUAUCCUUUGGGCGACAGUCACGGUAUUCCAGAUCCUGACCCAAGAGGACUGGAACGUGGUCUUGUUCAACGGCAUGGAGAAGACCAGCCACUGGGCCGCGCUCUACUUCGUCGCCCUCAUGACCUUUGGCAACUACGUUCUUUUCAACUUGCUCGUCGCCAUUUUGGUCGAGGGAUUCUCCGCCGAGAGAAAUGAGCGGCUCGAGCGAGAGCAAAGAGAGCUCGCCAAGGCCCAACAACAGCAGGAGGCGGCGGCGGCGCAGGAGGCGGCAGCAGCGGCGGCGGCUGCAGAGUAUGACCCUGAGGACUCAGGGGGCUCUGGCAGCAGCAGUUCCUGUCUGGAAAACGUGCUGAAACCGGAUAAUCCGACGCGGAACAACACUUUCGGACAGCACGACCGAGAAAACAGCUGGAAGGUCAGGACGCAGGUCGAGUUCGAGCCCAAGUGCAACAUUCAAAAAGAAAGCCAGAUGCUGCAGCAGCAACAAGCGCAGCAGCAGGGUGGCAGCGCGACGCCACCCCCCGCGCCACAGGCGCCUGUGAUCACCCACACGGCGGCCACCCCUCAGGACUCGCCGAACGCCACCCUCGAGCCUGGCGCCGUCGGUCUGCACAGGCUCAACCCCAACAUAAGUUUGUACGCCAGUUCCCUCUCCAUUGAUUCCAUCGACAGAUCAUCACGGAUCCAGAGACUUUGGGAAAACCGGCUGCACUUUUCAUCCCAGUGCAGCAUUCCAGGCCUUUUAAGGCCACCAGCAGCGGCCCCGAGCAAUCCCCACGCUUCAAGGCAGUCCUCAGGGUCGAACACACCACGCAGAGUCAGUCUUUCAGUUACCCCACCAAGUGGCUCCAGACCAAAUUCCAGUCUGAACAGAACUGCCGGCUGGCGGAUUUCAAGGCCUUCCCUGCGAUCGCGCCAGCGGCCCCCGGGAGCCGAAGAAGCCCCGGAAGAUUUUGUCCUCAACAACGGCGCGCACAGCAACUCGUACAAUCACAGCCGCCAAAUCAAUAAUCUCGCAGUGCCUGCCAUGCAAGAGGGCGACCAGCACUUGCACUGCAACGGAGGCCUCCUCGGCUCCAUCCGCAAUGAUACUCAGUCCCCGUCGCGCAACAACCUGCUGUCGGUGCAGGCGCCCGCCACCUCCUCCUGCUCCCUGAGACGCCCGUCGGCCUGCUCCACGCUCCUCCCGCCAUCCGUGUCGAAUCCAGCAUCAAGAUCUCCAAGCAUAGCACCACCUCAUUCCCCGUUCAUGCAGGGCACAUCCUGGCCAGGUCACCACGUGUCCUACCACCAGCACAGGCACGCGUCCUUGUGCGAAGGCGCGCAAGUGCCGAUGCGUCUGAUGCACCACCGGCCGUCCCUGGGGCCGCAGGUGGGCUGCGGCUACAGGUCGCGCCACGCGUCCAUCUGCAUGCACCACCACCACCACCACCCCAUCGUCUCCGAGCGGUCCUCCUUCACCAGCAACAAGUUGUCCACCUCGCCGCUGCCGCAGGUCAAGGUCGGCGCCGAGGACGAGGAGCCCAAGGUGAAGAAGAUCUUCAAGUUCUUCGAGCCGAGGGGCUGCCUCAAGGAGAGGGACGACUACUCGCUCUACAUUUUCUCUCCGGACGACUCAAAAUUUCGGAAUCUGUGCAGUUGGAUUGUGGAGCGACGGUGGUUCGACAAUGUGGUGCUGUUCUUCAUUGGCCUCAACUGCAUUACCCUGGCCAUGGAGAGACCAAACAUCCCUCCCGACUCCACAGAGCGGAUGUUCCUUUCCACGGCCAACUACGUUUUUACUGUUGUUUUUGCUCUAGAAAUGUUAAUCAAAGUGAUAGCCACUGGGAUGUUUUACGGCCGGGAAGCCUACUUCACCUCGGGCUGGAACAUCAUGGACGGCGUGCUUGUCCUCAUUUCCAUAGUUGACCUGCUGAUGUCCGUGAUAUCAGAGAGCAGUCCCAGGAUAUUCGGAAUUUUAAGAGUUUUUCGACUUCUCCGAUCUUUGCGGCCUCUGCGAGUCAUCAACAGAGCGCCGGGUCUCAAACUUGUAGUACAAACAUUAUUAUCAUCGCUGAGACCCAUCGGAAACAUAGUUCUCAUUUGCUGCACCUUCUUUAUUAUUUUUGGAAUUCUAGGUGUACAGCUAUUCAAAGGUGCAUUUUACUACUGUGAAGGGCCAGACAUUAAGAAUGUGAGAAAUAAGACUGACUGUUUGGCCGACAAAAAAAACUCGUGGGUGAACAGAAAGUACAAUUUCGAUGACCUGGGCAAGGCGCUCAUGUCGCUGUUUGUGUUGUCCUCCAAAGACGGCUGGGUCAACAUCAUGUACACCGGCCUUGAUGCAGUCGGCGUCGACCAACAGCCAAUAGAGAACUUUUCGGAAUGGCGCCUGCUUUAUUUCAUCUCAUUCCUGCUGCUCGUCGGCUUCUUCGUUCUCAACAUGUUCGUGGGAGUUGUGGUUGAAAACUUUCACCGGUGCAGAGAAGAGCAGGAGAAGGAGGAAAAGGCCCGGCGUGCAGCCAAGAGAGCAAAGCAGAUGGAGAAAAAGAGAAGAAGAAUGCACGAGCCUCCGUACUACGCCACUUACUCCAGGCCGAGACUUUUGGUCCACAACGUCGUCACCUCAAAGUACUUCGACCUGGCCAUCGCAGCAGUGAUAGGCCUGAAUGUGGUCACCAUGGCGCUUGAAUUCUACAUGAUGCCAAAAGCGCUCUCGUACGCCCUCAAGAUUUUCAACUACUUCUUUACGGCGGUUUUCAUUCUCGAGUCCAUCAUGAAAUUAGUUGCCCUGGGAAUGCACCUGUACUUCAAAGACAGGUGGAAUCAGUUGGACGUCAUAAUUGUUAUUUUGUCCAUUGUGGGGAUCGUCCUUGAGGAGGUGGAGUCCAAAAUCAUCCCUAUCAACCCCACCAUCAUCAGGGUAAUGAGGGUUCUAAGGAUUGCAAGGGUCCUGAAACUUCUGAAGAUGGCCAAAGGUAUCAGAGCCCUUUUGGACACCGUGAUGCAAGCCCUACCGCAAGUGGGAAACCUGGGGCUCUUGUUCUUCCUUCUCUUCUUCAUUUUCGCUGCCCUCGGAGUGGAGCUUUUUGGACGCCUUGAGUGCAGCGAAGAAAUCCCAUGUCAGGGUCUGGGCGAGCACGCGCACUUCAGCAACUUCGGCAUGGCCUUCCUGACCUUGUUCAGGGUAGCCACCGGUGACAACUGGAACGGCAUCAUGAAAGACACCCUGAGGGACACGUGUGAUGACGCGGCCGACUGUGUGCGCAACUGCUGCGUGUCCACCGUGAUCGCCCCCAUCUUCUUCGUCAUCUUCGUCCUGAUGGCGCAAUUUGUGCUGGUCAACGUGGUGGUCGCCGUCCUCAUGAAGCACCUCGAAGAGUCCCACAAACAGAUGGAGGACGAGCUCGAUAUGGAGGUGGAGCUGGAAAGGGAGUUGCAGGCAGAGCAAGAGGAGGCCGAAGAGGCUGAAGCUGCAGAGGCGCUCAGGUUAACCAUGCAGGAGGAAGAAGAGAACAAUCUAGGAAAGCACAAACAGUUGAGCAAGGUGCUGUCUUUGCCUGCAAACUUCACCUUCCACUCCAUGGAACAGGGUCAGGCUGACAAGAUCACCAAUGGAGACUCAUUUUCAGAGGACGCUGACGGGGUGAAGCAGUUGUCGCGUCCAACGCACCUGACGCCGCUGCGGCGCCGCAUCCCGCCAGCCUACCCGGCCAACAACUGUGCCAAGGCGGUGCUGUGCCGGCGCUCGGGCAGCGAGCCGAGCAUCAACGCCGCCUCCGGGGGCGGCGGCGGCGGCCUGGCGCGGCCCGGCGAGCGCAAGGAGCUGCGUCGGCCGGGCAGCAGCGGCAGUUUGCACGCGCUGGUGAUGCCGCGGGACACGUCGAGCGGCCUCUCACCCGAGUGCGUGGCCCCCGGCAAGACCCUGGUGCCGCCCCCGUACCAGACGCCGAGCAGCGAGCAGGCGCCGCCGAUCGGCGCCACCAGCCCCACCUUUUCCAUCUCGUACAGUGACAGUUGUAGUGAGACGGUCAGCAGCUCCGAGUCGAUCACGUCGCCGUCGGAACUCUAGCGACCUGCUUAGUAUCUUUUUGGCCUAAAGUCACUCAAACACACACACACGCAGAGUCUAGCAUUGGUUUUACGCAAACGAAAGUGAGAGUGGGAUUUAUCAGGGCAGUUGGCGGCCAACACACGCUUUUGGGGAUCUUUGAAGCUAUAAUAAUACUUUUUUUUUUGGAAAAUUUUCUGUUCGAUUUUGCUGGUUGUUAGGUACCUAUGUCGACACGGGAGAGAGCUUAAAUCCGCGAUAAAUUUGUGUGAUUUCGAUCAAGUGCUGCCUUGUAUGCAUAAUUUAAACCGAAAAACGCGCGUGUACGUUGUUUGCUUGGGAAUAUUUCACGUUUGAAGAAAAUAGGAGGCUUGUGAAUUUUCGUAAAAAUAGUUUAUUUACAAGGUAUUUAAAAAAGUUGCGAUUUCAGAGUUAAGAAACCUUAAAAUCUUCCAAAAUUGAAUAUAAAUGAAUAAUAUAAACUCAAAAACCUUAUAAUAAGGUAUUAUAUUUGAAAUUUUUGUUUAAAUUUUAUAUUUUUAAACCAACCAGGACCUGUUUCUAGAGGCCUAAAUUCAUACUUUUGGAGCUAUACAGACUAAAUUUGAAAACAAAAUUGCACAUUUUACAACUGCGCGAAAUAAUAAACAAUUUUUCAGUUUGGAAUCACUGUUCUUAUGAGAUGACACUUCCAAUAUCAAAUUUUGAAAUGGAAUAAUUUGCAAAAACAGCUUGAUCUGUUUAGAACAGAAAAUUAAAAGCGAGUCUAAAAAUCUAUUCAAGUUCUAACGCUAUGUUUGAAAAAUUCAACAAAUAAAUUAAUAUUUUUGAAUCUUAACAGUUCAAAAAUACUGAUUAAAAUUCACAAGUCUCUGAUGAAAAAGGAUUUUGUUCGGCUUCUUGAUUUACGCCUUUGCAUGUUGAGAGGGUAAGAGAUUUGCAUAUAAUUAAAUAUAUUAUUAACGAAAUGUGCAACUCGCACUUACGUACGUCUUUCUGAUCUGGACCUAAAAUCUUGAUACUGAUUCUAAAAAUGCCUUCGGUACACCAUGGUGCAAAAAUAAACUUCUUCUUUUCAAACUCCCUGAGCUGUCAAGUACACUACUUGCCCUGCUGGUUGUGUGUUGGAUAAAAAAAAUUGCAAGUUACGUAAAAUACAAAUAUAGGGAGCGAGCGAGUUUCAUACAAUUUUUGAAGCGAUAAAAAUGCAGAGACGUCAUUUUGUUAACAGAGAAAGAAGAAAUCAUACUAAUUAAUUAUAAUAUGAAAUUCUGUGAUAGGGUUUGUGUGUAAUUAAUAAUGUAUAUUCCUCAAAAUAUGUACAUUUUUUGUGUAGAGUCAGUUUGUCGGUGUCGAUCAAUUGUAAUUUGCAAGAGGAGAAAAAGGUUUAAAAGUUAUAAAGAGGUGCGAUUUGCGAUUGUGGCUGGAGUAAAUUUUGAACAAAAAAAACAUCAAAAGAAGAUAAUUCGAGGCGGGUCUUAAUAACACACCCGUUGUCAAUUUUGUGUAUUUUAAAACAUUCAGAAACUUCUGGAAAAGUAUGUAAGUCACGGAAUUUAGAGAGAAUGAAAAAAGAAUAAGAAAAACUCUGCCCAUUGUCUUGUAAAACCAUUCAAUUUUGAGGAUUUCAAAUUAUUAUGGCUACAGGUACGUGUGUAGUGCAAGUGUCUGUCCAAAUUGUGUCCCUUGGCGAGGAAUUUUAAUCAAAUUCUCACAAAUGAGUCGCCGACAAACCACGUAACUGUUGAGAAUAAAAACAAAAUACACAAUUUGUAAAUGUGCUACGUACGGCAGAUCUCUAGGCAACAAAAAGAAGUAACAUGCAUUAAUAAAUUCAUUGAAAUAAUGAAAAGCCAAAUAUUAAAAAAUCGUCUCUCUCGAUCGUCCAUAUGUUGAGGAGUGUUAAAAAAUUCACGGCUUACAUUGUUGGGAAAAAUCACGCUCUUUUCUUUCCCUUUACUUGGCUCUUUUCUAUACAAAGCUCAACCCCUUUUUGAUUUUGUUCACUCUCCCGAGAUUAGCGUAAGCAAAGACACACAUGACGCCUCUCUUUCAAGAGCAAUAUUAAAAUAUAUUUUUUAGACCUCGCGCCCGUCAGUCACUUUAUACUUCAUAGGUACGUAGCGAUCCUUUCAAAUUAAUCUCCAAACUGUGCCUUUUUGUAUCAAAAACACACUCAUGCGAAAAAAAAACUCGAUAAAUAGGCGAAUUGAGGUGGGUCUUAAAAAAAAGCGUUUUUUGUAAGAUAAUAAAAUUCGCGAUCCCCUGAAAAAGCCGAAUCGUAAGAUGGAAUGAGUGCGGUGGUUUUAUUUUCGGAACUCUGAAAUUUAAAAAAAUGCGUAAACAAAUUUGGUCCAUGGUUCGAAAUUAAUUGGCAGAAAAAGAAAUUAAGUUUCUCAUCAAACAAAAUUUCAUUUUCCAGGCACGAACCAUUUGAUUCCAAUCUCCAGGGGAAUCUGAAAAUUGAAAAAAAUAAUUCAGUUUUUUUUUCAGUUCUUGUUUGAGAUUGCUUGAAACAUGGUAUAGAAUAUUCUUUAAAUAAUUUUUUAACAAUUCUUUUAAAAGUCUAGGUUUUUUACUGUAUUUUUAAAAAUUCCUAAUCAUUUUGAUAAUUUUGUACUAACUCACUCAUUCCAACUUAUUUCUUUCGUCGAGCGACAGACCACAUAGAUUUUAACUCCAUUUUUCGAGUUUUUUUCCAUCUGCCUGUAAGUUGAAUAGGACGACUUCUGCUGUACGACAAAAAUUCCAACGUGCGCCCUAUUUUCCUAUCAAACAAAAGGACUCGGAUUAAUGUACACAUGUAAUUAUAUUGCAACAUAAAAAAGCCACCGAAUUUCUCUCUCCUUUUCGGAGCUGGAAGAAAGUGAUUUUACCAAAAGCGAUUGAAUAAUUCAAUGGAUGCGGAAUUUGUUCCACAAUUUUCGCGCAAGGAAGUGACAAAAAAAUAAUAUUAUAAAACAUUUUACAUGAAAAGAAAAUCUAUCCUCUCUUUCCAUUUGCCUUUUCAGUCUAUUGUAGAUUCGAGAGUGUACAUCAAAAGCUGUACGUUUUUGAAUGAAAAAAAGAACCGACUUUGUAUAUUGAGGUGAAAAAUUAAUAUAUUGCAUGUAAUUAUAUUCCUCAUUAGAAAACGCAUGUAUGACGAACAAGCUGGCUGGCAUGUUGAAUUAAUUCUGUUGACGCCUAGUUCAUUAUUUUACAACUUAAAUAAAAAGAAGAAUUGAUUCUAAUGUAUCAAUGUUGACUAUUAAUAUAUUUGAGGAAAAACACUCUCUGUUACCGUAUAAUGAUUAAAUAAAAAGAGUAAACCUUUUGUAUUUGUA